CGAGCUACCUCCAGCCAUCACUUAGCUCAAGACACACUCAGCCAAUCAGCGGCAGCAAGAACACACAGACCUUCAGCGUCUCGGCGUCAAUGGAGGCGAGCCGGGAGUACAUGAUCCGCUUCGACUGCCACUUCGAGGAGGACCCGAGCUCCGCGGCCGCCGAGCCACCGCUGCCGUUCGCCGGCAAGGUUUUCUCGCCAGAGCAGGAGCACAACGUCACGGUCGCCGCGCUGCUGCACGUCGUCUCCGGGUACACCACGCCGGCGCCGGAGUUCUUCUUCCCGGCGAGCAAGCAGGCGUGCUCGGCGUGCGGGAAGGACGGAUGCCUCGGGUGCGAGUUCUUCGGCGCGGAGGCCGGGCGCGCGGUCACGGCAUCGGACGCGCCGAGAGCGGCGGCCUCGGCGACCGCUGGCGGGCCGCAGAGGAGGCGGAGGAACAAGAAGAACCAGUACCGCGGCGUCAGGCAGCGGCCGUGGGGCAAGUGGGCGGCGGAGAUCCGCGACCCGCGCCGCGGCGUGCGGGUGUGGCUCGGGACCUUCGACACGGCCGAGGACGCCGCCAGGGCCUACGACCGCGCCGCCGUCGACUUCCGCGGCCCGCGCGCGAAGCUCAACUUCUCCUUCCCUGAGCAGCAGCAGCAGAUAGGCAGCAGCGGCAAUGCCGCGGCCAAGUCCGACGCGUGCUCGCCGUCGCCUUCGCCCCGCAGCGCGGACGAGGAGGAAACAGGGGACCUGCUCUGGGACGGCUUGGUGGACUUGAUGAAGCUGGACGAGAGCGACCUCUGCUUACUGCUCCCGGUCGACAACACUUCGGAUAAAUUUCACGCACCGGGACAGAGACGAUCAGGAUCAGGGGUACCCCUCUGCUACUAGUGUUGUGUUAGACUAUUAGCGAGUACUACCAGAUAGACUGGUGUCAGUGUGCUUGUACGCCACUCCUAAUCCUGCUGACUACGUGUACGUGGUUAGCACACGUCCUAGCUUCGGUUGUAAUUCUGCAUAAAUAGGCACUCGAUCAAUGGAAAAGUUGUGCUGAACCAUA